AGUAUGUGCUAGUCUCUCGCGGUGUGGUAAAUGCGAGGCGAUAAAACGUAUAGCGAGGCUGCGAUCCUCACGAUCGAUUCGGAUCGCGCGCGAUCCGCACUUUGAAAUACGCGCAGCCAAGUCGCAGAUCGAUUGAAGGACGUUUAUCUGGUCCGAUUCAUUGUUCGUGGUGACCCACGUGGAUAUUCAUUCCGCAGGAGCGCAUAUCCGCCAUACGCCGGAGAUACGCGCAAAAUUCACGUAUAAAUGAUCUCAUGGUCUGCCACGAUGUCGUCGACACUGUUACUGAAUUGUGUUUUGACGACGUGGCUGUUCGUCACCAUAGGAGCGAUCACCGUAUCAAUAGAUCGCGCUGACAUUAAAGCCCCACCAACACGAUCGUCGAUGAUCGCAAACGGAUGGCGGCCAUUGACCAAUUCCUACGAGGAAACGAUCGGCACCAACGUGUCGCCAUCCAGUCACCUGGAGAAGAACGUCCAAGUGCAUCCUGUUCUGAGCAAAUUUCAAGAACACAUGGCGACCUCGGAGAAACUGAAGCCGCCGCGAAAAGGCAAACCGCCGGUACACGAAUACAGUCCGCCGAGUAUACUCGGGAGUUUCACGAUGUUCGGACAUGCGGCGACGAAGGCGCGCGGCGAGACCAAGACGCCGAGCAAGCCCGGUGCUUCGGAGACCCGGGAAUACACGUUCCUGCUACCACCGCCCAAGGACGCGUAUCGUUUCGAGGUGAGCCAAAACCGCAAGCCAAUCCUGCGCGACAGCGGCAACUACCUACGACAGCCACAGUUCAUCACGGCGCAGAAUGUUCAGCAAUUGCCGGAUCCCGUGCGCGCCGCGACCUACUUCAUCAAGAGUUACGCGUCCACCGAUCAUCCAUCCACGCAUGCCGUGAACCAUCCGAGCAAUCGUCCUUACAUACCGCCCUACGCUAUGCCACAGGCGUUGCAAUCCUCCCGUCAUCAGACGAAACCGUUCGAGUCCCUGAAGGUCAACAGCAACGCGAAACCGUAUUUCCAGCCACCAGGCGCGGAGAUUCCGGGCGACUUCGGCAAACAAAAGAUUGGUAACGAACGCGACGCCUAUGACAGAUAUCAGGUGCAAUCGCACAACGCGCAAAUCUUGAACGCGGCAAGCAGCGGGAAUUUCUACAGCCAAGUGAAUCACUCCCCGAACUCCGGUCACUUUAAGUCUUCCUACGAAAGAGACCCCGCUUUUCUGGUGCACGAAAGCCACGAGGUCAGUUACGUAACAUCUCCCGGUACAUACAACGCGUACAACUUCCGACCCUCCUUGCCGUACGAGACCCUCCUGCCACCCGUGGUCUACACGUCUUCGUCGACUCCGCAGCCUACUACUGCCACAACGCGGAAUUCCGGCAAGUAUAGUCAGACAGUCGUUGAUGUCUCUCGCGAAAACGACUACAAGCAUUCGGAUCAGAAUACGCGGAAGAAGCAAGAGAAACUCGGUGGGCAGACCGAAUCACCUAAUUCUCGAACGACGAGCACUUAUUAUGUAUCGGAGCAACAGGAUCUGACACCACCUACGUGGGCGAAAAACAAGUACACGUCCGAUAUAAACGAAGUUCUUCCGAGGGAGAAUCCGCCGAGCAAGUUCAGUCAAGAGAUUGCGAACCAGAAUCAGAUCACGCAGGUGUCGAAGCUUUACCAUAGACCACAAAGCUCCUACAAUCCUGUCGAGGUUUACCCACCGACGCCGAUAUCGGAUUAUGAGACACCCGAGAGUAUCUCUCUAAAGCAUUUUAACGAGCAACAGUUUCUACUACAACAACAGCUGCUGCAACGCGAUCGGGAGAGACUGGCGGAACAGGAGCGCCAGCAGAAAUUGGAGAUCGAACGGCAGCAACAGGAGGAAUUGAAGAAACGACAGGAAGAGCUGGAUCAGCUUAUACAACAGGAGAAGGAGGAGGAACAGGCAGCCAGAUUGGCAGCGGAGUCCGCGAAAAAUCAAUCGCAGGAUAUCGUGAAGAUCUCGCCCGAAAUACCGUACACGAUUCAACUGGCGCAAUUUGAACCGCAGGUCACUACGGACACCAAUGUCCUUGUAUCGCAGCCCGAUAUUUACAAUGUCGAACAAUUGAGAUUACAGCCUCAGGCACCGCAAAUCCCAGAGAAUCAAGUAAAUCAGAAUUAUCAAUAUCAGCAGCAUAAGCAGAGCGAGUAUCAAGAGCAACAGGUCGAUUAUCGCGAACCUCAAAUCGAGACGCGACCGUAUCGUCCGCAGAAGCCCUUCCGUGAUUCGCAGCGUCGCAAAAAACCAAUGCCCGAACUUACACCAACAGAUCCACCGAGCCAAUCGCCGGAGACUUUCGUUCCCUUAACCCUUCACGUAGACGAAGUGCCCAUUCAGACAACGCUGGCGCCGGAAGUGCAAACUUUGCCGGUGGUAACGACGCAAAAGCCGUCCAGAACUCGUCGUCCCGGUGUCCCGAUUCGACGAAGAAAACCUUCGACAACCACGGAAGAACCCGUCACGACUUAUACGGAAGAGGAAUUCCUCAAGUACAACAGAGAGGAAGCGCAGCAUAAUCAGUACGAUUCCUCGCGACGAAGACGAAUAAAACCCACCCAAGCGACUUACAACGAGGACACGGUCGCGGAGAAGAGGGGCAACGCUAGGAAACGACCUAGUUAUCGAACCAGAGUAAAUCACGAUGACGCCUUCGACGGCCAGAUCAUCACGGAGAGAGCGCAAUCUUCGCUGAAUUCCUAUGGUCAGACGACGGAAUCUGCGCCCAGUUACAAUGAGAAUAACCAGUUCGAGACGAAUCAGCCGAGCGUCUCGUACGUGACAAGUCAGCCGAUUAAUCAGUAUUACGAUUAUUCCUCGCAGCAAAGCGCGGGACCACGCGAGCAGCACCGUGACGAGCACCGUGAGGAUCAUCGCGAGGAUCAUCGCGAAAAUCAUCGCGAGGAUCAUCGCGAAAAUCAUCGCGAAGACGCUCGCGAGAAUUAUCGCGAGGAUCAUCGCAAGGAUCAUCGCGAGGACACCACCGUGCCAGUGCAAGAAUAUUUCACGGAAAUUAGCCGCGACAAAGUCGAGGACUACAAUGUUGAUGUACUCCAGAAAAAUGCAAACGUCGUUACUAGCGUACCAUUGGAAGAUUUCUACGUAAGGACCGAAGAUAAUUACUACGAUCGUGCGACCACGAUUGCAUCGACGACUACGACGACAACGACGACGACUACAACUACUACUACUACUCCACAACCGACAACGCAGGCUCCACAAAUUGUCUCUUCCACCCUAAGAUCUCACAAGAUGCGACCCUUGAGAUACGGCAAUGCUACCAGACCACGCUUCAGCGUCAAGGAUUACAAGAGCCGCUUGGAUUACAAGAGCCGAUUGUCUCAAGGUUCCACAACGGAGAUCGCGCCAACGCCUACCGGCGAAACUUUAACACGGGUUUCUCAUAUCAAACAAAGAACGUCGAGCGCGAAAAAUCAACAGACUCAACAGCCGGGCGAUACCGUCAGAGAGACCACCGGUAGAUACAAGUACGUCUCUAGGGUGAACUAUCGAACUACUACGCCGAGUCCAGUGGCCGCGAGGGAAUACGAACGAUUUUCGGAAGAGACGUCCUCGACGACUGAAAAAAGCAACAAGUUUGUGCCAAAGAGACGACCGAUUAGUAGCAAUAUGUAUCGAAGUAGAAUCGCAACCACCACGAACAGUCCAACCCGAUCGCAAAUUAACGGCGAGACGAAUGUCAGACAGAGUUCGAUUCGACCCGAGAACGUAUAUUCGUCGUCGAUACGCAAACGACCGGUCGUAAAGAGCAGGCAGCAUCCGCAUAAGGAGCACACCGUGGCCACGGCGUAUCCGGAUAGUAAACGACAGGAAGAACCUACGGAGAUGGCCGCAGAGGAAACCAGUUUUUACUCGGCUAUGACGACCGUUGCUUCAUCAUCAUCGACCACUCAUCUCGUGGCCAACGAGAUUGUCAGCGAGAAAGAGGAGGUCACGUCGCUCGAUAACUAUCCGGUGCAACUCGGCGUGCAGGAAGGCAAAAACGAGGAUCACCAAGUCGAGACCGUUUCCCAAAACGAGGAGGUAAAAGCAGCGUUAAUUAACACGACCAUCAACGAUGAUGAUCGUGGACGAGUCCCUGGCGACGAACAGUUUAAUGAGAGUCGAGUCGAGAAGCCGGAAGUCUCGCCGUCCGUCGAGAGCAAGGUCGACUCGCCACGAGAGGGAGAGCCGGAGACCGCGGAAACCACGACCAAGUUCGAUGUGUCCGACGAGGAGGAACUAUUCGCCAAGGCGUCGCAGAGCGUGGCGGAUCUGACGAGCUCCGCGUCCGCUCUCUACGACAAGCCGGGCAUGUUCAAGGCGGUCUCGCCGGAGAGCAGACUCGUUUCGCCCCAUUUCAAGAUCACCACAGACGAACCGACGUUACCCAUCGAAGCCUUCUUUCAGGAAUUCUCGAAGAAGAAUUGAUGUUUACGAAAAUAAUUCGCUUUGCCGGCAGUAAACUGUUGCCGAAUCGUCCGAUCGAUAAUUCUAGUUUCGAAGAACGGGGCGGAGAAUCGUAGAAAAAAUUUCGAGCAUUUUUGACGAAACGAAAAGUUAGAGAUACGAUAUUUUCAAAAAAUAAUAAACUUUGCAAGAAAAUUUAUGUUUCAAAAGAGAAUGUAAAACAUGUUACGUCAGGGAAGGGGGGCUACAAUUUUUCUCCAAGUAUUAUGUUACUUGUAAAUUCUCUCAGACGCGGAAAAGGCGUUUCGAGAGACUCACUUAAAUGAGAAGAACUCACAUAUAUUAUAUACCGUAGCCUUAGACGUACUUAUUUCCGUUUCUAAAGUAUUGCCAUUGCAAAGUAUUGUCAUUUCCAUCGUGGUCAAUUAAAAUGCUCGUGGCGUAUCGAGCGUUUCUACACGCAAUCAUCAAAUUUCGAGCACACUUCCCAGUGGAUAUACGAUUCUUUUAACGACUAAACGUUAUACCAAAAAUGUUAAGUCCGCGAAGAAGCGCCGCUGCAAUGAUGAAAUUCCCGGAAGAGCAGUCGCGCUUUUUCUCGUACUCUCGACAGGACAUUGCGUGCGCAAUAUCUGUAAAAAAAAGCAAAGCAUUCGACCUAUUCAUGUCCUGCGAUAAUAUCCUUCGUAUACAUCCUUUUUGUACCUUUUUAUUCUAGGUUACACGUAAAGGAAGCAAUAUUAAAUUAGAAUAUACAAUAUAACAAUGUAAUAAUUAUAAUGUCUUAUAUUAGUGUAAUCGCGAAUCAUAUCUCAUUGUAUUUAUUUGAAGCGUGCGGGAUCAUUAUCUAAAUCAUUUCUCGUUGUCACUCUUCGCGACGUCGAGAUGAGAAAACUAACGAACAUCAAGAGAUAUUGUAAAUAUGAAUAAAUAGCGUAGAAAUUUUCAGUACUAUUUUCUGGGCAAAAUAUUUUUAAAAAUUUUUUUAAAAAAACUAAAAUAUUUUAAGAUCAUUCAGAGCAAAUUUGAAUACACCAGAUGUAUAUAUACAUAUAUAUUCUGCACUUUAAAUUUUUUUUAAAAACUUAUAUUUUUUAAAAUUAAAAAUAAUCUUUUGAUAGAAACUACUUCAUUUUGAAUUAUCAUAACCAAAGUGGACAAUUUUUAAUAAAAUAAUACUGCCCAGAAUGUUUUAUAUUUAUAAGUAUUGUAUGCCGGUGUAGAUUAAUAUUUUUAUAAAUUAUUAAUAUUUUAAUUAAAAAACUUAAACUCAUAAUAUGUAUUGUAUCUUUGAAUGAUACGACGUUAUCAACCAAUUAGUAAAAUUUUAUAAUAUAAGCAAAUCUUCUUUUAUCAAAGUAUAACUGGAUGCGUAUGAAUAAUGAUUAUGAAAAAGAUACGCAUUUUUUUAAUGAUACAAUCAAUAUAUUCGUUGCUCUUGCAUUAUUUAUGUAUUUAUGUAGCAUAAUCAUUUUAUACUGUAAAUAAAUACAUCGGAUUCACACAAUAAAA